AUGUGUCUCACCAAGGUCUACUACAACACCUACUCGGACGGGGCCCAGGACGUCACCGAGAAGGUCCACCCUUGUAGGGACGGCAGAAGCUGCUCCCGCCCGGACGUCCGCAAGUAUGACCGCAAGUUUCCCUUCAGCAAGCUAGGCGAUGCUGAGCCCGAGUCACAACGGAGUCUCUCAGAGCGCCAGCCGACCCCUUACUUCUCGGGGCACACACCCCGCGGCUCCAAGUCCCCGUCCCCUUCCGGCAGACGGGACUCGGGAGUCUACAUGAGCGGCGCCAACACCAGCAGCAAGCACUACGACUACAACGACCCGUACGGCGGCAGCUACGACGCCUACGGCUACCCCAUUCGACACGACCCGCGCGACCGUCACGACCGUACCCGCGAACGCGACCGCGAGCCCCGCCUCAAGCGCGCCUCCACCACCCCGCACAUCGUCUACAUGGACCGCGAGCGCGAGCGUGACCGUGACCGCGACCGCGACGGGAAGUCCUCGCGCUCCCGCUCCCACUCCAGCAGCCGCGACAUCCCGAUGGGUCUGGUGCCACUAGCGGACGAAUACGGGCGGCGCCGCCGUCACUCCCACUCCUCGUCUCGCUCGCGAUCACGCGACGACGGUAGCGACCCAAGCCAGUCGGGACUCUAUUACACCGGCGCCGGCGGCACCACCAGCAGCUCCCGCCGCCGCACCGACGACCCGCACGGCUACGUGCUGCACAACGACGACGACGAGCGGCGGCGGCAGCGGCGCGAGCAGAAGCGCCGCCUGUCCACGUCCAGCUACAUCGAGCCCACCACCUCGGGCCUUGCCACCGGCGCCAUGGACCCCUACGCCGCCGGCACCCCUUACCUCCCGCGUCGCGCCUCCACCGUCGUCCACCACAGCGACGGCUCCAUCUCCACCGGCUCCGGCGGCGGCGGCUCCUCCGGCCGCAAGCAGCUGCGCUGGGACGACCAGGUGCGUGCGCAGCGCGAGCGCCACAACGCCGAGAUCGCGAACCGCCCGUUCCCGGGCGAGGUCAAGGGCAUCCUCAAGCACACCGAUUCCAUGGGCAAGGGCAAGGGUAAAGGUAGAGAGGUGGAGGAUAUUGCCGGCCUGCGCAGGGCCAUCGAGCGCAUGGAGAUCCCGCGCGGGCGGGAUCGCGAGCCCCGCGGCAGGGGGGAGUGGGAUUGGGGCGGUGGUGCUGGGAGGUACGGGGCUGAGGAGCUCGAGGGCGGGCGGCGCAAGCGCAGCCGGGGGUAUGGGGAUGACCGGUACCGGUAUUGAGCAUGGUUGAUGAUAUGAUGGUGCAUGGGUGGAGUUGAUGGUUACACACAUGGGGAGACUUGGCUUUUGGUAUUUUGGUUGCAUCGUUUUUUCAGUUUGGGGGUUGAGCGCUCAGGGGUUCUUCGUCGUGUGACGGCAGAUUACCGCCAGAACACAUAUGCAACGUCCGCUUUCCGGGCUACGCAUCUUUUUUCCUUUGUCACAUUACGCUACGAGUCAAUGAGAAUGGAUUACUUU